AUGUACAGUAUUUGCAACAGGGAAGUAGAAUCCCCUAUGCAUGCUUUGCGUGAUUGCAACUUAGCUAAAUCCUUGUGGACUAAAUUUCUCUUUGUGGAAGCAGGAACCAAACUUUUUGACACACAACUUCAAGUGAAGGACUGGAUAAUGCGCAACAUUGAAAGCAAUCAAGUGCAAGUCAAAGAAAUCAACUGGCUGAAGGAGUUCCAAGCUGCUAUAUCCAAAGUGCCAAGCCUCUUGGUGGAGGACAGUGACAACAUUACAUGCAUGGUUUGGAAGCCACUAGAAGUAGGCAGCCUAAAAAUCAACAAGGAUGGGUCUUGGAGAAGAGCUUCUCGAAGAGGGUUUGGAGGUGGCCUCGUCAGAGACUCCAAAGAUGACUGGAUUCAAGGCUUCAUAGCAUCCUUUAGACACACAAGAAUUAUGAGAGCAAAAGUGUGGGCUAUCUUUGAAGGAUUGAAAUUGGGCCAAACUCUACCGGCUAAGAAAAUUAUUCUGGAAACAAAUUCAGUGGAAGAUUUAGAGAUCAUCACUAGCAAAGUGCAAAUAUCAGCUGAGCUUGAAUAA